AUGUACAAAAUGCAACUCUUGUCUUGCAUUGCACUAACUUUUGCACUUGUCAUAAACAGUGCACCCACUUCAACCUCUACAAAGGAAACACAGCAACAACUGGAGCAAUUACUGCUGGACUUACAGAUGAUUCUGAAAGGAGUUAAUAAUUACAAGAAUCCCAAACUCUCCAGGAUGCUCACUUUUAAAUUUUACACACCUAAGAAGGCCACAGAAUUAAAACAUCUUCAGUGCCUAGAAGAAGAACUCAAGCCUCUGGAGGAAGUGCUAAAUUUAGCUCAGAGCAAAAGCUUUCAAUUGAAAGAUAAAAGGGAUUUAAUCAGCAAUAUCAAUGUAACAGUUCUGAAACUAAAGGAAUCUGAACCACCAUUCAUGUGCGAAUAUGAUGAUGAAACAGCAACGAUCAUUGAAUUUCUAAACAAAUGGAUUACCUUUUGUCAAACCAUCAUCUCAACACUGAUUCGAUAA